AUCUAGUUGUGAAUGGAACUAGUCAUUUUUUUUCCUCUGUUUUUGUUUGUGUUUCUGCAGAAAAUGGUGAAGAUUCCCAAGAUCGAUGUUGGCCGUGGCCCGCAGAAGCUUCCUUCAACUCCCCUGAGGUUGGCACCUCCUCGGGGGAGACGCCUGCCUAUAUUUGGGCAGUGCGCAAACCAGCCGACACACACUCCAGGUGUGUUCGUACUCCGAGAACAUGGGAGUCAGCGUCCUCCUUGUUCUCUAUACGAGGGUACUGGGGUCAGCGUGCCCUUCAGCUGGUCCGUAUGGCAUGAGAAAAGGUGCACAAUUGACCUUGGCAAUAACCAAGAAUAUACAAAGAAUAUUGACAUAAGAAUCAGAAAUAACCUUGAGAUAAUACUCAGAAAUAACUUUGAGAAAACUCUCAGCAGUAACCUUGAGAAAAAACUGGGCAUGAGUCUUGAGAAGACACUUGACAGGAGUGGUGAUGUACUUGGUGAUGAUGGUCAGAUGAUAGCUGGUGGAUACCUUGAGGCUGAAACUGUGAUAGAUCUGAAGCAGAAGAGAAUCGAUGGCACUGUGUACGAUGUAAUUGGUUCAUGCAGUGAUGACACUGGUGCAGUGAUGGAGAGUGGCAUUGAUGCAACUAGUACAGAGAAUAUAGGAAUCGAGACGGUUACCAGGUCAGUGAAGGACGCAGUUUGCUUAAACGUGUUCAUGCAUGGCAAGAUGUACACAGGUAUUGUAGUAAUUUGGCAAACUCUAUGUGCUUGUCUAACAAUGAGCAGUUUGAACUUACAGGUGUGUCUGUUUCGCUAGAUGAUGAGGUAGGAGACAAUGUACUUGUACAUGUAAGUGGCAUUAGUACU